AUGAACCAAGUAAUUGCUUGUGUGUAUUACAAUGGUAGAUAUUAUGAGGGCAGUGAAGGUAUGACAUUUGAAGGUUUGAAGAAGAUGAUGCGUUUGAAACGCAACAUCACAUUCAACAACUUGAAAAAGUUAAUUCAUGAGAAGUUGAAGCUUGGAAGUAACCAAGUUAUUUCCUCCGUGGGCUUUAGGUAUUUGUCCUCAUCUGACCCAGUUCAGUAUACAGGUCUCGUGAUAGUGGAUACUGAUGAUGUGGGGAUCAUGAUGGAUAUAUUUACUCAGCAGUGUGGCCACCAGUCAGUGGUAACCAUGUUGGAGCUUUAUGUUCAAAUUGAUGAGACAGGAAGUUCAUCAGUACCUGUUUCAACGAAUCCUACAACCACUCAUCCGACGUUGACAGACGAGGGCGUCACACAAGUGGAGAUCCAUGAAGCUGAACCAGAGAAUGUUCCUACAGUUAAUUUGGAUGAUGAUCAUGAUGAUCUCCACCAUCACCUUAUUGACAAUCCUGACAUCAUAUAUUCAGAACCAGAGGGAAGCGAAGAUGAAAGGAGGCUUCAAGAUUCCGAUGGAGACUCAUCGGACUCAGACCAAGAGGGUGGACAACAUACAACACCUGAUCUCCCUGUUAAUUCUCAAGUCCACGAUGAGGAGACAAAUUUUUUUCCUGGUAGCGAUGUGGGUGGAUCAUGGGAGUUAGGUGAUGAUUUGUAUGUUGGUUUGCGUUUUGAGAGCAAGGAAGAUGCCAAGAUGAGCCUUAAGUAUUAUUGUUUCAAACGUCAUCAAACCUAUAAGAUACUCGAAUCCAAACCAACUUAUUUUACUGCCAAUUGUCCCAAUCAUUUGGAUGGAUACCUUUGGAGGAUGAGAGCACGCAUGAACAAAAAUAUCGAUAAGUGGGUUAUAUCUAGGUGGGUCGGCCCUCAUACGUGCGUCAAUCCGAUGAGAUCGCAGGACCACACCAAGAUGACUUCCAAUGUCAUAUGCUCUUACAUAUUGGGCAUGGUAGGUGGUCGGCCAUCUGUCCCCAUUGCAGCCAUACAGGAGAGAAUCAGCGGGGAACUUAACUACCAAGUGUCAUACAUGAAAGCAUGGUUAGCGAAGCAAAGGGCACUUGCGAAGGUGUUUGGCAAUUGGGAAGAAUCUUACGCAGAGCUCCCAAGAUGGCUUGGUUAUAUGAGUUCAUUUUCCCCAGGAUCCUACUACUAUAUUUACACAGAUGCUUAUAUCGGUGCGGAUGGUUUUGUUGAUGGUAGUGUUCGCAAAUUCCGUCGAGUGUUCUGGACUUUCAAACAGUGUUGCGAAGCUUUCAACUAUUGUAAGCCGAUGAUCCAGAUAGAUGGCACUUUUAUGCAUGGAAAGUAUAAAGGAACGUUGUUGAUUUCCACCACUCAGGACGGAAACUCUAACAUUUUACCGAUAGCUUUUGCAAUAGUGGAGAGUGAAAGUACGAGUUCAUGGGACAGACAUGCAGGCAUCAAGGCCGCGGUAAGGGAUGCGAGAAAUGGGUGGCAGCCUCCAAAUGCGCAUCAUGUGUAUUGCAUCCGCCACAUUGCUAGCAACUUCAACCAUAGGUUUAAGAAUGCAAAGCUUAAACAAGAGCUGACUAGCCCUGCUAUCCAGACAUGGAUUGAUGGAAUCAGUAGGGAGAAAUGGAGCCUCGUCUGUGACAUCGAUGGUGGUAGAUUCGGCCACAUGACAACCAACCUUCAAGAGUCUGUUAAUAAAGUGUUCAAGGGCGCUAGGAACAUGCCGAUCACUGCACUUGUCAAAUGCACAUAUGCCCGUCUUGUAGAUUACUUUGUUCAAAGAGGCAUUGCUGCCAGAGAUCAAUUGCAGGCACGCCAGGUAUACUGCCACAAGGUCAUGGUCGCAUUAGCCAAAAAUCAUGAAAAGGCAAGUGUUCAUAUGGUGCGCACGUAUAACGUGGAGCGAACAAGGUUUGAGGUCGAGGAAGGAUUCAACCAGCGUACGCAUCGUAAUGGUUAUAGGUGGAGUGUUCGGCUAGACGAGCGAACAUGCGAGUGUGGACGUUUCCAAGCCUUCAAGUAUCCAUGUGAUCACGUGAUCGCGGCAUGCGCUCGACAGUCCAUUAACUAUUAUGAUUUUGUUGACCCUGUGUAUAAGUUGGAGACUGUAAGGGAUGCGUAUAAAGCUGAGUGGUGGGCCCUUGGAAAUGACUUGAACAUUCCUCCAGCAGGUGAUGGCCCUCGACUUGUUCCAUACCCCACCAUGGUGCGUGUUAGAGUCAACUCGCAUCAGAAAUGA